GGGGGAUGUGACUGUUGUAAUGCCUGCAACUCUUGCUCAGUAUUCAAAGCUGCUGCAAAACCCGUCUGCAAUGGAGCUACAAAAGGCAGCUAAUCAAGGGAGGAGGUGCACUUGGGAGAAGCUCUCAGCCAUCAAGGCAAACUGCGGGAUUGAGCUUGCACUUGAUGAGUCCGUUGCUAUGCUGAACCACAUGCGCAGACUGAAAAAGAGUGCAGAUAGGGCAGCUGUCUCCCACGGAACUAUCCCCUCCGUUAGAUUCAACGGUUCCAAAAGAAUUCCUUCUUGGAAUUGCAUGGCGCGCGAGAAUGUACAUGACUUGAGUGACAGUGAUCAGUCUGAAAGUGCCGACCUUAGUUCUUGGACACGGUCUGGUGGGCCAUUGAUGAGGACGGCAUCGGCAGAUAAGUUCAUAGACUUCGUGCAUAACUUGGACAAAGGAUCAACAAUUGACCCGAACGAGCGAUCUUGUUCAGAUGCAGAGCUUGAGCAAACAUAUCGGAACCCUUUUACCGGAUCAACGACCAUCAUGGUGACAGAAGGCGAUUUUUUGCAGCCUGAAAGGAGUCAUAAUGGCAUUGUUUUUAAUGUUGUGAAAAGGGGAGACUUGACACCCUCAAGCAUGAGCCAUGGCAGUGAGAACACCAAUGGUUUUGUGCAUGAUUCGAGCCUGGAAUGUGUCCAACUUGACUGCCUUGAAAAGGAAACCGAUACUAGCUCAGAUGAUGGUGCUGAUAGUGAGCUAUGAAAAUUUUAUAUUUUCGGCCUCCAAAUUCUAAAGUCUACAUUUCCACAUGUGCUCCUACUGACCACGUUAAGGUCUUCUAUUCUCUAGUAUCCACAAACUACCAGUCCCUAAGUAAUUCAGUUUAGUGCUCCUAAGUUACAGAUCACUAAUUGAGAUUACACCUCAUAUGUACAGUUCAAUAUUGCCUGGUGCUCAACAUCUUUUCCUCUGGUUUGGGCCCUUGAGAGUAAUAUCUCUAUCAUUCUGAAAUCUUAGUAUUCGAUUCUUCGUUAAGAAAUCGUUGAUUCUUGGUGCAUUGUGACUACAAAUUUGCAUUGAUCACCACAUUCAUUUAAGUCUUCUUGCUCCAUUGCUCCAAAACUUACAUAGUCGGAAUGAUGUGCUACUGCUCUAUGUUUUUA